AUGGCAUACAAGAGAAAGAGAAAUGUGAAGGUGGACCACAGCCAAAUGUAUCCUGUCUACAAGCCCGGGUCCUUUGACGUGUCGUCCCUGGAGGAGUACAUUCCUCCAUCGCUCGACACCGGGAUGGAGGCCGACGAGGAGAAGGAGCUUCAUCUGAAGAAGAUAAUGGAAGGCGAGAAGGGAAGCAUUCCGAUUCCGAUAAUGGUCGAGGUGAACAAUCCUGCAAGGCAGAUGUAUGGCAAGUACAUUCCUAGACGCAGAUAUGUUGAGUGGGCUGGAGAUGCUGAGAACGAGUAUUUGCUGGAUCACAGGGAUGAGGAAGCAUGCAGAGAGCUUGGGAUGAGCAGGGAGGAGUUUUGCAGGUCGAUGUGCAUGGUUGAGAGAGAGCAGAGCCCUGCCGAAGGCGGUGAAAAGCUCACCAAGAUGAUAUCGUCCAGAAUAUUGAUCAGAAGCGAGAGAUUCAGUCCGCUUGCCUAUGUAUGCUUCCGAAAGAGAAUCAUCAAGCCGAGCAGGAGAAGCAGGAGAAGUGAGGAACUCUCCAAGGAGAAGGUCGAAAGAAUAUGGAGGGAGCUUCACCUGCUUGGAGUUUUGUGUGACUUCUACUGCAAAAGAAAUAGGCUGGAGAGGGCCUUGGAGAGUGUGGAGUCGGACCUGUUCAGGACCUCUUGCAUACUAAUGAAGAACAGCACCAGGAAGGUACGAAGAAGAAUUGCAAGGAAGAUGGUAAAUCGGCAGCAUGUUUCGCCAAAGGGAGGGGCCAAUGGCACAAGUGGAGGGAUUGGGGACAUUGUGUUUGACAGGACAAGAAUAAGGCUGCUGAGACAAAGGAUCCGCGAGGCCAAGCAAAGAAUACAUGUGAGUGAGUAUGAUGCAGAAAUCCAAGCCUUCAGGAGACACAACGAGAUGUACAGGAUGUAA